AUGUACGUCUUCACGUGCACCCGCCCGGAUAUUAUGCAUGCGGUUGGAGAAGUAGCCAGGCAUUGCGAGAAGAAUGGAAAGCAGCUCUGGACAGCAGCAAAGCGAGUGCUAAAGUACCUGAAGAUGACCGCGGACUUCAGCAUCGUGUUCGAUGGCAACAACAAGCACGAACCGCUAGGCUUCGCGGAUGUGUCAUGGGCGAGUGAUUUGGAUUCGCGUCGCUCAACAACGGGCUACGUAUUCUUCAUAAACAACAGUGUGGUUUCAUGGAAGUCGAAACGGCAGCCGACGGUGGCAACGUCAAGCACCGAGGCAGAGUACAUGGCGUCGUACUCGGCGACACAAGAGGCGGUAUGGCUGCGUUUGAUGCUUUCGAAUAUUGGUAUUAGAGAUUUGAGGCAUUUAUGA